AAUAUUUCUUCCAGCCAUUAUCACUUGGCGCUCGUCUUCUUCUUCCCUACCGUUAUUUUCCCCUCUCUUAGCCACUGACCACUGUGACCCAUCUUGCCCAUGGCCUUCUCGUCAGUCUAUUACCUUUCUUCUUCUCUUUCCGCUCUCUGCAAAUCUAACCCUUCCCACCACCCUCAACUCUCUCUCCUCAGAGCUGCCCCUCUGUUCUCCCUCUGCUCCGUCUCUCGAGCUGCCCUGAGAUUCAAAGACGCCCGAAUUCACUGCACCAAGAAGGAAGCACCGCCGCAGAUCGAUCCCAAGGCCGGAGUUUCAGUUUACAAGCCCAAAUCUUACCAAGUUCUCGUCACCGACGCCGCAAAUGCCCUUGCUUGCGCCCUCAAUGACGGCAAGACCCGACUCGAAAUCGAAUUCCCGCCCUUGCCCAGCAACAUUUCUUCUUAUAAGGGAUCUUCAGAUGAAUUUAUCGACGCCAACAUUCAAUUUUCCUUGGCUGUUGUUAGGAAGCUUAAGGAAAGGAAGGAAACAAGGGCUUGCAUUGUCUUUCCUGAUAAGCCAGAAAAGCGCAGGGCCUCAGAGCUUUUCAAAACUGCUAUUGAUUCGAUUGAUGGCACAACCAUAGGUUCUUUGGAUGAUGUCCCUGGUGGUCCUGUUACCACAUUCUUCAGAUCCAUAAGGAACACCUUGGAUUUUGAUUUUGAGGAUGAAAAUGAAGGCCGCUGGCAGUCCAACGAGCCACCAUCACUUUAUGUAUUCAUUAAUUGCAGCACACGGGAACUUGCAGCUAUAGAGAAAUAUGUGGAAAAGUUUGCUACAUCAACCCCAGCCCUUCUUUUUAAUCUCGAGCUUGAUACGUUGCGUUCUGAUUUGGGCCUUCUGGGAUUUCCGCCCAAAGAUUUACACUAUCGAUUCCUCUCUCAGUUUACCCCAGUAUUCUAUAUUCGAACAAGAGAGUACUCCAAGACAAUUGCAGUGGCACCUUUUGUUGUGAAUUAUAGCGGGGCACUGUUCCGCCAAUAUCCUGGGCCUUGGCAAGUGAUGCUGAGACAAGCAGAUGCUUCUUAUGCCUGCGUGGCAGAGAGUGCAAGUCGUUUCACACUGGGUGAAACUAAGGAAGAACUGCUGAGGGUAUUAGGACUGCAGGAGGAAGAAGGAAGCUCGCUUGAGUUUCUCCGAAGAGGUUACAAGACUACCACUUGGUGGGAAGAAAGCAUCGAUUUGGAGUCAUCUUCUGCAUGGCGGAGCUAAGCAGCAGCAGUAGAAACAGCAAGAGGGGCAUUGUUAAGAGUAGGGACGGCAGCAUUUAUAGGGCCUUCAUUGGUUGUCCAAAGUAUCAUGGACAGGAAGGAAAUCUCUACAUUAUACUCAGUUGAUAGGCAAUUCUAUUAGAAAUAAGUUGUGAAAUCUCAAAAUGUUCUGUUAUUUGGAUCAGUUUGACAAUUUUGUGAUACCUUGGUUUCUUCCUUCCCCCCCUCCAAAUUAUUGGCUGUGUUCGUUUGUUUGUUUCUCCUCCUCAAAUCAUUGUGAUAUCCUUUGUUUCUUCUCCUUUUAAAAUGGGUAUGUUCGAACCUAAAGAAAGAGAUACAUGUGCAAGUAUAUUCUUAGUCUCUAA